UCGGCCAUAUCCUGGUCCCCCAAACACUCUAAGCAGAGGAGGUGGAGACCGGCGCCCGCGAUCAAACCAGGGCAGGUGCAUGGCCGAGCUUCCAGUAAUGAGGACAGGGAUCUUUAAACACGUCGUUCCUCCUUCACUUCUCACAGAGAUGAGAGGAGCAGCUAUGAGUCUAACUGCAGCAGCGAGUGGAUUAGUUGUCUUCCUGCUCUCUGUGUCAGUGGUUCAGGGUCAGGAUGGCUGGGGAAUGACUUACUCUUCUACUGAGAUCUGUGCAGUGAAAGGAUCAACAGUGGAGAUAAGAUGCAGCUACACAUACCCAUCUAGAUUGAAUAAUCGUGUUAACACAUUAGAGAAAACAUUGUGGUUAACUAAACAGAAAGGUGGUAAACGUGUAGAUCUGAACACAGACUCAGAGUAUGCAGGUCGUGUAGAGGAUCUCUGUGGAAACAACAUCUGCACUCUGAGAAUCAGAAACCUGAGAGAGAGCGACUCAGCUGAGUACAGGUUCAUGUUCAAAACAAACCAAGCUACAUACUGGGCUAAUCCAGUCACUUUGUCCGUCACAGAUCUCCAGGUGAGCAGAUCAGGAUCGUCUACUCUCCUUCAGUGUCUCAGCAGUUGUUCACCUGGUCAAACUUCCUACAUCUGGUUUAAGAACAGACAGGAAGUGAAGAAAGACACAUCUCCUUAUGCAGACUUCAGAUAUGAGUCAGCAGACAGUUAUUCCUGUGCUUUGAAGGGAUAUGAGGACUUCCCCUCUCCUUCAGUGUAUGCUCCAAAGCUCCCCUCUGUGUCAGUGAGUCCCUCUGCUGAGAUAGAGGAGGGCAGUUCAGUGACUCUGACCUGUAGCAGUGAUGCUAACCCAGCAGCUAACUACACCUGGUACAAGGAGGAUCAAAAUGCAGACCUUUCUUCUGUCAAAGAAGGACCACGUCUCGUCCUCAGCUCCAUCCAGUCCUCUGACUCUGGACAGUAUUACUGCAGAGCUGAGAAUCUGCUUGGGAGGAGAAGAUCUGAAUCCAUCUCUAUUGAUGUGAAAUAUGCUCCAAAGCUCCCCUCUGUGUCAGUGAGUCCCUCUGCUGAGAUAGAGGAGGGCAGUUCAGUGACUCUGACCUGUAGCAGUGAUGCUAACCCAGCAGCUAACUACACCUGGUACAAGGAGGAUGAAGACUCUCCAAAAGCUUCAGGACAGAUCUUCACCAUCACUUAUUUAAAAGCCGAACACAGUGGGAGUUAUUCCUGUGGAGCCCAGAACAAGUUAGGUCGUAGUAACUCCACCUUUCAUCUGAUUGUUGUUGCAGGAUCAUGGAAGCUACCAGCUGCUGUAACAAUCCCUGUUGUUCUCCUGGCUGUCAUUCUCCUCUGUCUUCCUGUGGAUCAGAAAGAGGGCUUCUAGAGACUCGUCUGAGCCUGAAGAGAGAGCGGACAUCAGGGAGGAGCUGGAGCAGCAGGAUGACCUUCAGUAUGCCAGCGUUCACUUCUCCAACAACCGGGCAGAUCCUCUUUACUCCAACAUGAGAGCAGCUCAGCCCCUCAGACACACGG